UUUGUCGCGUUCGGAAGGUAAACGACGGUUGUCCGGCCUUCUGCGUUUCUCGGUCAUUGGGGCUAUACAAGAGUAGUAAGGAGGAAGCAACAGUAAUAAGAAAACUUUUCUAGAUAUACAGCAGGUUAGAGUCCCUUGGGGGAAAAAGGAUCCUGCCAUAGCUGGAAUCGGUGGUGGUGGUGGUGGUGGUGACGGCGAAAAAGGUGACUGUCACUGCACGCCAUAUCUACAGAUUGGCCCUACAGUAGACGACCCGGUCGGUUUUCAGCGAACAGGUUUUUUUUGCGAUCAUCCAGUGUUGGUUGUGUCUGACGGAAAGGAGUGGGAUUUUUUUCACUGUACGCAGCAAGAUACAAAACCACUCGCGGUACAUAGAGUGUGCUCUGGGUGUUUUGGGGUCCGGUGGGUGUCGCGGCCGACGAAUGUGCGUCUAAGUGUGGGACGACGCGAGAAGGCCAACGAAGAGAGAGAGAAAGAGAAAUAUUUUGCAAGAGUGACGGCCCAAUUUUAUCAGUGAUUGUGGUUGGAGUGCUUGAUAAGAGCACUGAAAUUCAGAAUGGCCCGUGUUUGCGGAAAAAAAUAAUUUUGUGUCGACGGUUCGUUCCUGUUAUUUGUGCGGUUUGAAGUGUCAAGCAGGGGGUCUUCGAAGUUGCUACAUGGCGUGACGAUAGGUUAAAUUCUGAUUGACGGGUUCAGCAGGCGUACAACAGCAACAACAAACUUGCGAUUUGUCAUCGUCAGUGUCGUGAGUUACUCGUUUGUGUUCUCGCUAGCGCGAAUUUCUCUCGCACCGUGUCUGUGUUCGUUUUAAGCUCUAUUUCACACACCAAACUGCGAGAGCUUCACUCGGGAGUGUUAUGUGUUGAUUUUCAUAUGCCUAUCCGUUCACUGGCUGUAUAGUGUGUGCCAUUUGCUAUUCUAUAACAAGCAGAUAAAUUCCUCCAUUCAUUUGUUUAUGCUGGGAGCGAGAAAGAAAAUUGUUGCUCAUCAUAUUCGCUGUGGCGCUGGAGGUUUGUUGUACGAAUCAGCUGAGAAAGAGAACAAGGGGGUGGUGAUUCCGCACGAGAAACGGGGGUUGUCAGUAAACAAGUGCCAAAGAGUUAGCAAUUUUGUGUGCGAAUUUUUCCGCAAUUUUUGGUUGAAUCGAAAAGGUUUUUUCUUUGCUUUGAAAAUCGAUUGUGUCUUUUGGUGGCGGUGUGUUUACUUAGAGUGAGCGGAAUAAGAGGAGUGCCACACACGCGAUUCGCUGGCCCGGGCAGUGCGGUAGUAAUUGCUGACCGACAUAUACCAGAAUUUGUAUACAAAAUUGUUUGUUCAAUUGAAGUAGCUGGAGCGAGAAUUUCCCGCUUACUCGUGGGAUCAUUGUGUGCCGCGGAAAAUCCAUCGUACCGUGUGGUGAAAAUCCUGAAGGAACUUUUUUUUGCGAAAGAGUACGGGUCAGUGUUCUUUUUUGGGUUACGUGCAAUUGUUUUAAGUUUCGAACGUGAAAGGUCGUCUUAAACUGUUGGCAUAGGGCCGCCACUAUUGUCUAAGUACCAAUUGAAGAGCUAGAGAGAGAGAGUGAGAAGAACAGUUCUGGUCAACAUAGCAAAAACAGUCACUCAAGAUGGCGGAUCUCGAAGCGGUGCUGGCCGAUGUCAGCUAUUUGAUGGCGAUGGAGAAAUCCAAAUGCAUGCCGGCGGCCAGAGCUAGCAAGAAAAUUAUCCUGCCAGAUCCCAGCGUUCGAAGUGUGAUGCACAAAUACUUGGAAAAGGAGAACGAGGUGAACUUCGACAAAAUCUUCAACCAAGUGCUAGGAUACCUGCUGUUUAGAGAUUUCUGCGACAACAUCUCAGACGAACCGGUGCCACAUCUAAAAUUCUACGAAGAGAUCAAAGCCUACGAGAAGACAGAGUGCCAUGACGAGAGGCGGAAACAGGCCAGAGACAUUUACGACAAUUUUAUAAUGAAGGAAAUGCUGUCGCAUACACACGAAUACUCGAAGGAAGCGGUGGCGCACGUGCAAAAGUAUCUGAUGAAAAACGAGGUGCCGGUGAAUCUGUUCGAGCCGUACAUCGAGGAAAUCUUUCACCACCUGCGGGGUGAACCGUUUCGGCAGUUUCUCGAGAGCGAUAAGUACACCCGCUUCUGCCAGUGGAAGAACCUGGAGCUCAAUAUUCAGCUAACGAUGAACGAUUUCAGCGUGCACCGGAUCAUCGGACGGGGUGGCUUCGGGGAAGUGUACGGCUGCCGGAAAGCCGACACCGGCAAAAUGUACGCGAUGAAGUGUCUGGAUAAGAAACGCAUCAAGAUGAAGCAGGGCGAAACGUUGGCGCUGAACGAAAGAACGAUGCUAUCGCUAGUCAGUACGGGGGUCGAUUGUCCCUUCAUCGUUUGCAUGACGUAUGCCUUCCACACUCCGGACAAGCUGUGCUUCAUCCUGGAUCUGAUGAACGGUGGCGAUCUGCACUACCAUCUGUCCCAGCACGGCGUGUUUAACGAGUCCGAUAUGAAGUUUUAUGCAGCGGAGGUCAUCCUCGGGCUGGAGCACAUGCACAAGCGCUUUAUCGUCUACCGGGACCUGAAGCCGGCCAACAUUCUGCUGGAUGAGAACGGCCACGUGCGGAUCUCGGACCUGGGAUUGGCGUGCGAUUUCAGCAAAAAGAAACCUCAUGCCUCGGUCGGAACGCACGGGUACAUGGCACCGGAAGUGCUAUCCAAGGGAACACCGUACGAUUCCAGCGCCGAUUGGUUCAGUUUCGGUUGCAUGCUGUACAAACUGCUGAAGGGUCACUCGCCCUUCCGGCAGCACAAAACCAAGGAUAAGCACGAGAUCGACCGGAUGACGUUGACGAUGAACGUUGAACUGCCGGAAUCAUUUAGUAAAGAACUGAGAGACUUACUGGAGGGGCUACUCCAGCGGGACAUCGAUAAACGAUUAGGCUGUAAAGGGGGAGGAGCGGACGAGGUGAAAGCACAUCCAUUCUUCACCGGCAUCGACUGGAAUCAGGUUUAUUACCAGAAAUACACCCCACCGCUGAUACCCCCACGAGGGGAAGUGAAUGCCGCAGACGCCUUCGAUAUCGGUUCGUUCGACGAGGAGGACACCAAAGGCAUCAAACUGACUGAACAGGAUCAGGAGCUUUACAAAUACUUCCCACUGACCAUCUCGGAAAGAUGGCAGCAGGAAGUGUCGGAAACAGUAUUUGAAACCGUCAACCUGGAGGCGGAUCGGCUCGAGCAAAAGCGGAAAGCCAAGCAGAAGCAGCGCUACGAUGCGGACGAGAAGGACUCGGACUGCAUACUACACGGGUAUAUCAAGAAGUACAGCGGCUCGUUUGCGUCGGUUUGGCAGACGCGGUACGCGAAGCUUUAUCCAAAUAGGCUGGAAUUGCACACGGACAGCGGCAGUACAAAGCCCGAACUAGUGUUUAUGGAUCAGGUCGAGGAGGUGUCGCCGGAUUUUGUGCAAUUCAAGAAUGAGCAGUGUAUGCAGAUCCGGUUUCGGGAUGGGAUCCGCGAUGGCAAGCUGAUCCUGACAAUGUCGGACGAGAUCGGCCUCAAAGAGUGGGCCCUCUCGCUACGGGGUGCGCACAAGGAAAGCCAAGAGCUGCUCGGUUCGAUGGCGAAAAAGGCCGGUAAAAUCUACGGCACCGAGCGGGAAGCUUCGAAGGCAAACGUCCUCAUCUCGUCCAGCAACUCGGCCAACGCGCACGCGGCCGCCGUAGCAGCGCACGCCCAGAAGAAUGCCAACGGAUCGUCCAACUAGCGGUUACUGUUGCGAUCUCGGUCCUGCUUCAUAGAACCGAAUCGUCUCAAGGAACCGCUGAUGAAGAUGAAGUGCAAGGACACCUAAGCGGUCGCUCUCCACAGCGGUGGCAGGCAGUAGAGGAAAUCGUUGGGCACGUGACGCACGACGCUCGGUUACGCGUCACGUGACACAAUGGUUUGUGAUUUUUUAUUUCGUGCUUUUUGGUUGUUGUUUCAAGUAUAUCCGCUCGCAUGGAGUUGGAUUUUUAUUUAUUCAUUUACAGUUGUGGAAAGAAAAAGAGGCGAAUACAAGCUGUCGGGUAAAAGAUGACAAUGAUAAAACUAUGCUAAACAAAGCACAACCGAAAGUGAUGAGACAUGAAAAGAUAGCAAAAUAAGUAACAAAGAAAACCGCGUUUUGACAGUGAUAUGAACAAAACAAAACAGAUUACUUUACUCUAAGGUAAUUAAUACAAAUACGAGUUUGCACUUGAUGAGGAAACUUUUACUAAAUUGAUUGAAGUCUAUCGAAUUGCUUUGACGAAACGAUGCAAUCGAAGUGUUUUUUUCCGAAGCAAGCAUUUCUAGUUCGAUCAAAUCAAAGUCAGUAUUGCAGCGAGCGGGACGCGGUUAGCGUCGGAACACAAAUUAUAGGAAACAAAAGGUAAUUCCUAGGAUUAGUGGAUAAAUGUGUCAAUUUAGUAUUGUACUUCUUUACAAGCAAAGAAGCAAGAAUCAAGAAAUUAAUAAAUCAAUAACUUAGUGGUAUUUAUACAAAAGCAGCAACAACCCGAUAUACAACAGAAAAAAAAUGAACAAGAAAUAACCUUAAUUACUAGAGUAAUACCAUAAUGAUAGGCAUAGAGCGAAAGUCAGCAAACCCGUUUAUACAUAUAACUGAUGAAAGCAGCAAACAUGGGCGUAACUAUCCUAAAGUAUUGUUAAAAAAAGCAUCAGAAAUCACACGAAACAUGUGACAAAAUCGCUGUUUGUAGAUUGGUAUAGUCGUCACGUUCAUUUGUCACGUUUCGAAUUGUUUCAGUUUCAAUUUUUCUGUUGUUACUGUGACCAGCAAAAGUUAAACUACAUGUUGAAGCGGUAGAACAAAGCGGCCGACCAGGCAAACUUCCACAUCUUCCUCUCCGAGUUUAUUGUGGCACGUUUCUCAUAUGUGUAUGUUGAUGCUGAUGAUGAUGGUAGCACACGUUUGUAUAGCAUUUAGAGAUAUAAGCGAAAUUCAGCUACUAAAGCCUUUUACAUGUCAGUCUAUCUAUCUGUAUGUCUGUUUGUAUGUGUGUACGUGUGUGGAAUGUAUAUUUUUAAUGUCACCUGUUGAAACAGAGGAAAAACGCGUACUCGUUGCUGAGAUAUAUGUCAUUGUUUAAGCCAAAAAGUUUUAGUAAUCUACGCUAGGAAAAAAAAUAACGAGUGUCAUCUAGUUUCUCUUCACCCAAAAUUAAGUGUUCCGUUUCCGUUUUGUUUUUAAGUAGUAGACAAAUAAAUUGCACAUUGUGUUAGAAAAAAAAUGAAUUUCUAUUCGAAGCAACAGAAUCGUUUCAUCGAUCGAAAGUAAAAGUAAAGAAAAACAAACAAUGACAAUAGUGAACAAACAUUCACACAAACUGACACAAGUAAACCGAUUCUGAGUUAGGUCAUCAUCCUUAAUCAAUAUUUCCAGACUGAACUACGUUUAUACGCAAAUCAAAACUCUUCCCUAUUUUGGCAAACCAAAUCAAAUAUAAAUUACCUUAACCAAUUGUUGUACAAAGAAAGCAAGCAAACGAUAUCGAUUCAAGACAGUUAAGCGCACGAACAAUCGUUCUUUUGAAGCUGAGUUUUUCUACUAUGACAAUUUAGAUGCAAGAAGUUAGGUUUCGAUCAAUAGGAAAAAUCAAUUGAACUUCCCCUUACCAACAAAAAGAAGAAGAAAAAUACGGUGAAAUCGAAUUUAAUUAAUUAAUGGUAGCCUUAUUUAAUGAAAAUGAAUGAAUUAAACGAUUAAAACCACAAACUUAUUAAUUAUAAUUGCAUCAUACAUAGAAAACGUUACAUUUAAAGUGCAGAACAAAAAAAGAAGAGACAACAAACAAUUUAACAAAAAAAUAUCGUAUAAAUUCAGCAGCUCACUGUUAUGCAACACCAAAACUUUAGAAUAGAUUUAAUUUUCGGUUCUAUUUCACAUCUCGUUCAUCGUAUUUCAUACGCAUCUGUUGCUUAGAUCCAACCUAUACUCACUGAACUAUUGAACCACACAUAUAGAUUCCGUUCAUUUUGUUUGGAUAGCUUAAUGCAUUCUUGAUGCGAAACAACAGAAAAGUGAGCAAAGUGCACUAUAACCUGUCAAACUGAUUCAGUUCUUAUAUCGGCAUUACGUAACAUGUUCGAUGAGGAGUAACUAAUAUACUGCUCCUCGAAUGAGAACCCUUUAAAAAGGAAUUAAAACGUGUAGACACUGCUGUCAGAUUAAUUUUUCGAAAUUAUGGUUCAUUUGGCUGGGUGAAUGAGUCAGUUAUAACUGAACUCAUUUUAAAUGAUUAUUUUAAACGUACCUGUCAAUGUUUUGGAAAAUUGGUAGAAUGAAAAUAAAAAUUUAAAAAAAUUGGAAAAUUAGAAGAAAACUAAAAUAAACGAACUUGAAUAUCGCUGGUAUUAUAUUCCCAUGACUGGCAAUAUACUCCAAACAUUAACAACCUUAACACUUGAUAAUCAUUUUUACUUAGCAUUGUGUUUAUCGAUAGAAAAUAACAAACUUUAAGCGACAAGAUCAUGGGGUAUCAAAAACAAUUUCUUUUAAUUCAUUAUCGUAGAUGGAACUCAUUGUCCAUGCUAGAAGCUACGAAGAGAUUAUUUUCAUACAGUGCAAAAGCUUAUGAUGAAGGAGGUUACAAAUUUCAGGGUGGGUACAGUCAUGAACAUAACAAGACUGACGUAGAAUACGUAGUUGUUGAAAUAUAAUAUUUUUAGCAAAAACUCUCUGGAACUAUUUUGGUGGUCCUGCAAAGAGCCACAGGUAGUCCGAAGAAGCUUCUUCCCUGCAAAGGUGUCCACGAGGUUCGUUGAUCACCGGGCCGGCGUAGCACUUUUCGCCCGAGCGGGUAGUACGAUAAGAAUAGGGUGGGCCCCAUGUAUUACUAAAAAUUUGUGCCAUUUUUGCAAUAUACACGCUUGCGUUUAAAACAAAUGAAAUCAAUCGCACUGCGUUUGUUCAAAUUAAAUCGACCCGCAUGAGAGUGUUGGCUAAUGGGCAAGGCAUCUCCAACAUGACAGCUGUGGAGGCUUCAUCACUAGAUGGACAGCAUUAAAGUUAACGUGAGGUAUUUCUGACGUAGAUGUAAGUAUGAUUGUCUGGCUUAAACCUUGAAUUGUGAACACCGCUGUAAAACACUACACUAUAUUCCAAAUCUCUCAAAUUUUACGAUUACGACAUAGCAGUUCGCGUGUAAACGACAUUGGUUAGAGCACGACGUUCUAUACUCUCUGUUGUAUGGGGUGUUAGACACAGCAUGCUACACGAUGUCACCGUUCGGAUGGAAAGCCAUGUCAAUCAUCAACUUAGGCAUAGAUUGCAGUGAGCCUGAAGAGGCUCUAUAACAACCAGAUCCAACUAGGAAACAGCUUUCAAUGAAGUUUUUCCACAACAGUUAUUGACGUCUCGUAUAUAUCGUUAUUUAUGAACUGGGAACAUGUUCGCGAAUUUCAGCAGAAUAGAAAAAAGCAAGAUUUGCUCGAACGAUGCAAAGAAGCGGAGUUACCAAAACGUAGAUGCACAUUUUCAGUCCCUCAAUAAAAUGCUACAAUUACACCUCGCUCUGUCUGUACGUAGGACAUGACGAGAGCUCACGUGAACACUCCUCAUUAGAGUGACAGGAAAAAAAUGACCCCCAUCGGCCCACCCUUGAGUCGAUUCAUAAUAACACAGGGGGUGCUUGCUCCAAAUUUGACGCAAAUCGAACAAGUCUAGCUACCGGACCAACGCGCCUGAAGUUUGUAUGGGAUUUUUCGACAAUUUAUAUGGAAAAAAGCCACUAGAACGCAUUUUUGACGCUAGGUGGCACUGUGCAUGGUUGUUUAUCAGUAUUCGAUUUUCACGAACUAUACACUUUUGCGAAAUAAUGGUUAGAUUUGGUUCAAUAGUACGUUCAGAAGAAUUGCAGUACAUAAUACGAGUUAUCUUUUGGUUAGAAAAUUUUAGUUCUACCUGUGACCGCAUAGAGGGCACCAACAUUCACUUUUCAACGGAGAGAGAUAGAAAUUAGGUGUCUUCUACAAAGUUCUAGAACAGGAAUUUAUUGAUAAUUCUUCCGAACACUUUGAUAUUCUAUCUCUCUUCUAUAAAAAGUUAGUGUUGGCGCCCUCUAUACGGUCACAUGUGGAACUAACAUUUUCCAACCAAAAUAUAACUCGUAUUAUAUACCACAAUUCUUCUGAACAUACUAUUGAGCUAAAUCAAACCAUUAUUUCACAAAAAUAUAUAGUUCGUGGAAAUGGAGUAAUGAUUCACUACCAUACACUGCUAGGCCCCAUGCAAAACUGACUCAGACAUGACUUCGCUAAAAGUUUAAUAACUUCUUUUAACAAAGUCGGAUUUACUAGCAGUUUUCAGCAAAGUUGUAGGCAAUUAAAUUAUCUAUCUUAUUUUCACUUACAGUGAUAAUACGAUGCAUACAGUGCCACCUAGCGGCGAAAAUGCGAGCUAGUGGGUUUUCUGCAUAUAAAUUGUCGAAAAAUCCCAUAGAAACUUGAGGUACGUUGGUCCGGUAGCUAGACUUGUCCGAUUUGCAUGAAAUUUGGUUCAAUCACUCCUGGUGGAAUUAGAAAUCGACUCAGGGGUGGACCGAUUGAGUUUUCAAAAAUUCAUCCUUUUUCUGGGCAGUCUACUCCUCAUAGUAGGAACACUUUUCAGCAUCCCCACAGCAAGAAUUAUCCCUAUGAUUCCCUCCGCACUUGCCGCUCCGAUGCUUAUUGCAACAAUAGGUGACUGUGUGGCCCAAUUAUCACAUUUAGUGCAUUUCGUGAUCCGCGGUUUAUAAAAGUCAAGCAGGCAACCGAACCUUGUAAAAGAGUACGUUAUUUGGCAAGAUACCCGAUACGAGUAUGCAAGGACAUUUAUCCCGCACUGAAAGACUGAUUCUGAAUGCUUCCCCAAUCCAAUGGAUCUGUACUGCAACAGCCAACCCAGCAGAUUCUCGCAAGUCAAUCUAGAACCAGUGACUGCACUAUUGACCUCAACUUUGUGGGCGGGUACGUAGAUACAGUACUCAUUUCUAUCUUGUCUCGAGCAAUGCAUUAGGCUGGAAAUCACAAGCUUGAUCUUAACUAUGUGAUUUCGAGAGUUAUAACACAGAUAACAGACAUUUAGGCUAGAACAAAAUUUCUUCAAAACCUGUGUAAACUUUCAAAUUGAUAUACGUUGGAAAUCCGUGUUUCACUAUUGCCAUCUGCGCAACUGUUUGCUACACGUGUUUGACAGCUACACUCUAACUGCAUUGUAUCGAUCACUGCGCCAUCUACAAACGUUUGCCAAACGUGUUUAAGACGUCUGAUUUAUUCGGAAUUUCAGUAGCGGGUAUUUACACACGAUUCAAAUCGAGCCUAAAUGUCUGUUAUCUGUGGUUAUAAGAAAUGAUGGAAUUACGGGAGUUAUAGGAAAUUAAAAACAAACCAGCGGAUAGUAAGGCAAAAAUGUGAGCACUAAUCUUUACUCGAUGUACGGCCUGUGACCAGGACUAUUAAAACAGCUUAGCAGCUGGCACAAAUAAUAUGCAAAGAACCUUGGAUAGCAAAAAUAACCGUCUUGUUCAACCUGCACAAAAAUAUGCAAAAGCUUGUUGAUAACAAUAUAAACGAAAAUGAGAUCAACGUGUUAUAAAUUAUUUGAUACUGAAACCACAGAUAACAGACGUUUAGGCUCGAUUUGAAUCGUGUGUAAAUACCCGCUACUGAUAUUCCGAAUAAAUCAGACGUCUGAAAGACGUUUGGCAAACGUUUGUAGAUGACGCAGUGAUCGAUACAAUGCAGUUAGAGUGCAGCUGUCAAACACGUGUAGCAAACAGUUGCGCAGAUGGCAAUAGUGAAACACGGAUUUCCAACGUAUAUCAAUUUGAAAGUUUACACAGGUUUUUGAAGAAAUUUUGUUCUAGCCUAAACGUCUGUUAUCUGUGCUGAAACUGAGAUCAAAACAAGACAUCAAAAUAGGAUUUCGAUUCGCUGCACCUAGAGUUCAAUUCACAUUUUAUCACAAUGCUUUCAUUUGUUAACUUUGCCCUGCUGAUAGUGUGCUAAUAGAUCCAAACAGGCCUGAACGGACGCUAUCUAAAACCUACGAAUCGUUGGAACAUUUUGGCUUCAGCGUUUGUUUGCAAUAAAUAUCGUGUAAAGAACGCUUCACUUGAAACCCUUGAUAAUUAGUACGCGUUUUUUAUCUUUUUUUUAUUCAAUUGCGAUGCUUUGACAACUCAGUUGAUAUAUGAGCUUAAUUUUGUUUUAAUUACUUCUUUACAAUUCCAUCAUGCAAAUAUAUUCGUUAGAACAACGGCAUCAAGUUUUGAAAUUUUCAAUUAAAAAUUGCUCUGUCAUGCAAACUUAUCGCAAUCAUCUUUUCACGUGAUGCUAUUUUUUUUAUUAAACAAACAAAACUACCUUUUCGGUGCGAGCCGAAGCAGCCAGAACAGAUUCUAGAGACCCCAUUGCAACCUAAAAAUUACAACGACACGAACUGUUGACGUAGAACUACACUACUAUAUAUCAUCUGUUAGUAUAUUUGGAGGUAUAAUAACAAACGAAAUAUAUUUCUUCCCUGUAGUUUAAGGGGUGAUCCACACGUUUACCAAUAUCCCAAUUGGUGUAAACCAUGCUCCUGGUAGGCAACCACUUUGUCCUAGUCAACAUCUGCCUUUGUUAAAAUCAAAACAACCCAAUACUAUUGAACAUGGCACAGUGGCACGACUUAGAACAAAAGGUGGACUAAAGUCCAAAUUUUGCCGUUUUGGACUAAAUAGGACGAUUUUAUGUAAUUUUGGUACGCUGAAUUCGUUUUUGAUAUUAAAACUUUUCAAAAAUAAGCGUUUACUAUUCCUUAGGGUGUCUCAAAAAUAUUUUUUUUCGAGGUCGUUCUUAAAAUUUGUGUAUAUUAAUUUUUGUGUACUAAAUCGUUUUUGAUAUUAACACAUGUAAAAAAAUUUUCAUUGUACGUUAGGGUGGCUCAAAAAAAUUAUUUUGAUGCGAAGAUCCAAAAAUUUUUUAAAAAAAGUUUGUGCGGUAAAUUUCUAUUUUAAUUAUAAAAAUAGAAAUUAGCUUUACUACUUACUAGAGUGGCUCAAAAGUAAGUAUUUUGUCUUUUAUAAUGAUUUUUUUCAAUAGUAAUUUUGGAAUUUAUUUUCCAUACUGAAAUGAAUUAAUUGACAAUUCAUUAUGGGGCUUCAGAAACGACUAUUUUGUUUUUACAAAUCAAAUAAGAUGUGUUCGACUAAUUUUGGAAUAUUUAUUUCGUUAGUGGGUUACUUGAUAUGAAAUCUAUUUUUUCUAUCAUUUUCAAAACAAACAUUUUGAGCUUCUUAGUGGAAUGUUUAAUUACUUUCACUAAUCAACAAGAUUAUUAACAUUUUUUUUCCCAGGUGUGAUUUAAGUUACUUAGAUUACUUAUUUCAUAUUACAAAUGAAAAUAAAUCCAAAACUUUUUUUUUCGUGUAUAUGGUUCAUUUAAAAAUGGUCUUAUUUUAUUUGAAUAAUAUCGCAUACCCUUAAGCUAUAUCAGUGCUAUGCAAAAUCGGAUCAAAAUAGUCUCACCAAAUGACUAAAACUCAACUGUGUUCACUCUAUUUGACAGUUAUUACGCAAGUUAGCAAGAAAUAGUUCCAGAAACAUUUUAUACCCUAUUUCAGAUGGUUGAAAACAUUUACUGAUUCAGCCUUAAUACUUCUACCAUCUAAAAAAACAUACUUCCCAACCGGCUCCUUAGUCUUGAUCACUAGUAGAACCCUUGUAGGUCAUGCUCUCAAUGCUAUUUGAAAGUUGUGCAUGUAUUCGUGUCAUUAUUCUAGCUAAAAGGGAUUAUUCAAAUUCAAUAUCAGUAAUAACCAUGCGUCUCCAUUCACAGUUUUUUUUUUUAAUUUUGACUGCUUAUCGCAAGUUUUUGCAAAACUAGCAUAUACUCAUUUGAAAGAGAAAAUUUAAAGCUUUCGAAUGAGUAUAGUGUGAUCGCGGGCAUUCACGGGCGUCGUUGUUGUUAUCACAUUUGAAGUUUGAAUUCAAUAAAGAAUCAUGACAAACUGUUAUCUAAACACUAACUACCAGGGUUGUUAAUCGAUAAUUAAUCGUCAUCGUCGAUAACGUUAACCACCCGUCAACGUCAUCGGAAACUCCGUUAACGAUAAUGUAUCGUCGGAUUCAUCGUCAUCGUCGAUAAUUCAUCGGUGGUAAUCGCGAUACAUUUUGCUUUACUUUCCCGUUUAUUGGAGUUGAAGUUGAUACGGUUAGCUUUCAAUUGUUUGAAAAUAAAUAACUAUUAAAGGACAUGUUGUUGGCAGUUGAAAAUCAAUAGUAAUGAACGUUUUCUAUGUACAGGGGGGUUCGACGAUGUGUCAAAAUGGAAUCUUUUUUUCAAUUUUUCGGGAGUGUUUUAUAUUGAAAGGAAAGUUAUUAGCAGUUAACAAUCAAUAGUUUUGGACAUUUUCAAUACACAAGGGGUUCGACGAUGUGUCAAAAUGGAUUUUUUUCAACUUUUAGGGAAAGUUUAUUAUACUGAAGAUGUUAUUAAUAGUUUUGGACAUGUACCGUCGGUGCGUAAAAAUAGAAAUUUUUUCAACUUUUCGCGAACUUUUUAUAUUGAAGGGCAGGUUGUUGGCAGUUGAAAAUCGAUAGCUUUGGACAUUUUCAAUUCACAGGAGAAUCCACCAGUGCACAGUGUUUCCAAAAUGGCAAAAAGGUGAAAGAAGUUCUUUGAACCACGAAAAACAUUUUUAGCUAUAGUGUCUUCAGCAAAGUUUAUUUAUAUUUUUUGCAUUUAAAAAGUAUUAGUUAGGUGAUUAAUCCCUCUAAAGCUGAGAAGCAAAUUUUUUUUUUGGUCAUUUAAAUGAAAAUAAAAAAAAAAUCUUUGGCAAAGUUGUUGAGAAUAUCUUUAGUAUUAAUUUCGCUGAAGAGACUAUGUGUCUAUCUGUCGAUUUAAUUAUACGUUUGUGAAGAUUUCUUUGAUAUACCCCACAAAAUUGCUUAUUUCAAAAUACUUUUCCUGGUAAUUUUGUAGAAUUUCAAAAUGUUCCAAGAUUUCGUUCAACAUAAGAAAAUACAGAAUUUUUGUAAUGUUAGUUUAUUUGUAUCUCUUACAACUUAGAAGUUAUCGAAUGAUUUAGUGUCCAAAAAGCAAUGUUUUGGUAUGGAAGUCACAAAUUUCCGCAGGUAUAGCUUCACCAAGACGAAUCUGUAAAACAAACACUAUAUAUACUGCAAAAUAAACAAAAAUAAUACUACUGUACUGUAAGACCUCCUAAGGGAAAUUUUUACUAAAUAAUAAGAACGGGUUAUGAGGCUUUGUCGAGGGACUAAAGAAGAUUAUUUUAAUCACUGCGGUUUAUUAAAAAGAAAGGAAAAAAAUAUAUUAGUCUUGGUGUUUGCGUUUCGACAUCGUCUCUUCAGAACCAGAAAAAAUAUGUGCCGAUUUAGUCAAUGUCAAUUCACCAAGGGGCUGAUAAAAACGGGUCUUCACUGUAUUCAAAAACGACUAAAACUCUAUUCUCCUUUUUAAAAUUCAAAAUCUUCUAGUUUAAAUUAAAAUUAUAAUAAAAUCCACAACACUUAAAUGUGUAGUAUAAUUUGUGAAUGGUCUAAUAAUAGUGGUUUAGUAGUUUUUUCAAUAUAUGUCUUUGCGUGAUAAAAAUUACUAAUUACACAAUAGCUCAAAAUUUGUUUUCUUCAAGGUCAAAACAAUUUUGAUCACCUUUUUGCCGCACUGUGCACCUGGGACUCUUCUGUGCACCAACUUAUUCGAAAAAUUAAAAAAAAAUCCAUUUUGACACAUCUUCGGACCCUUCUGCGUAUUUAAAAUCUCCAAAAUUAUUGAUUUUCAACUGCCAUCAACUUUCCCUUCAGUAUAAUACACUUUCCCGAAAAGUUGAAAAAAAAUUCACUUUGACGCAUCGUCGGACUCCGCUGUGCAUAGAAAAUGUCCAAAACUAUUGAUUUUCAACUGCCAACAACAUGUCCUUCAAUAGGUAUUUAUUUCUAAACAACUGAAAGUUAACCGCAUCAACUUCAACUCCAAUAAACGGGAAAAUAACGCAAAAUGUAUCGCGAUAACCGAUGAACCGACGAUGACGAUGAAUACGACGAUACAAUUAUCGACGAUGACGAUGAAGGCGACGAUACAUUAUCGUUAACGGAGUUUUCGAUGACGAUACAUUAUCGUUAACGAGUAACGCCGAUAAAUUAUCGCGAAAAAUGUAUCGUAUUAACAACCCUGAACUAAACCAACAAGUGACUUAUUUUUGGCGAUUUUAUGAUGUAAUUUUAUCACACGGAUAAUUUUGGUGAAGUAAUGCAAUGCAUAAAAUCAACCAUUUCUUUGAAAAACGAAAAUAACCGGAUGUAGUUCCUAUGGUCAAAUUAUGCAAAAAACACUUGAAUUAUGCCCUUAAAAAAACUGCCAAAAAUUCAUUUUACGUUCAAAUCACUUAAAAUCUCGCGAAAAUUUCUCUGGUGGCUCAGCUGAUAGGAGAAAAAUACUAGCGAGAAUAUCGCAUAACAUUCAUAUAUGGACUUAAGUCCGGGCUCGUCCCACUGUGCAUGGGCCUAGAAGCGGCUAGGCCUGCAUAUGUUGGCUACAGUCAAAGUCUGUAUAUCUCCGUAGCGGAUGACAUGAGCAACAUUCCCCUGGUGUAAACACAGUGUUUCGUCUGACAGGCAGUUAGCACCAUGAGCGAUGUGCAUGGCUUUCCAAUACAAUUCGAAGUGAUAGUAUUGAGAGAUUUACUGAAACGUACACGCCGCACCAACUGCUUCCUAAAUGCCGCAGUAUUGUUGCCAAUAAGCUUUUGGUAUAACUAGCACUUGUAUUUGCUAUUUGCGCUUGAAAUUAAGUAUGUAGCGGUAGUAAUAAGCCUACUAUUUGGGUUUUAAAACAGAAUUUGAUUGGUUAGUUUAACUCAUUGAACCCAUUUUAUCAAUUCUGUAACCUAAAAAAUACUUUUGAAUUAUACUGAACGUGGUGAAUUUGGCACCACUUGCACCUAGUAUAAUAAACCUGCACAAAACGUUGCAUAACGUUGUUUUUUGGAACAAAAGGUAUCAUUCAGCCCUUCGUUAUGCAAAAUCGCAAUAUUAUGACAGAUGGGCAAAGCGCGGUGUUUCAUGGAGCGCGGCCGUUCCCUUCAAUCGGGAAAGGCCGCGUGAAAUUUUGGGGAAAUGCGCUAAUAUUUCUUGUCACUCUAGUGCGCCAUGUUUUCGACCGAGAUGGGCUGGAAAUGUUCACUUUUGUGUAGUCGUUUUCGAACGUUUUUUUACUAAAUACAGUUUUGUCGUUCUUAAAGGUUUACACCUCCGUAGAAUUUUGCAAAAACUAAAUUUUUUAUUUGCUUAAAAUGUUCUUUAGUGUCUUGAAAAUAAUUGGUCAAAAAAUGAAAGGCGAAAUAAAAUACAAAUGUUUAAAUUUUCAAUUUUAGUUUAUGAAUACCCUGAGCGCACUGGUUCUCGAAACCACUUUUUCGAAAUGGCGGGAAAGGAACAUGAAUAAAUUAUUUUUGAUCAUUUGGAAAUUUUCGCAGUAUAUUCGAAAAUACUUUCUCCAGCGAAGUAAUUUAGUGUCGGCUUUUGUGACAUUGUCAGCGAUUUUAAAUUAAAAAGUGUGCCUUUUCGAAAAACCUACGUCGCUUUCUAUCAUUCAGAGGAGUUGAAAAAAAACUUAAGUCCCCCGAAGGGGUAUUGUCAUUUAAAUUCGGCUUAAACCGACUUAUGUUUAUAAACGUUCGCCGUGACUUUUUGGAGCCAUAGUUCAGUUUAGAACCCUCCAAAGAUCGGUCGUCAAUCCUUGCAAAAUACGGCUGCUAUAUAUCAAAGGAUAGGAAGUUUCGUAAUUGGAUUCCCAAAGAUCACACGAAUAAUACUCAUGCUGAGUAUGUGUCAUGUGAAAAUUGAGUUUAAAAUAUCCGGUCAGUAUCCUGACUACAAUACUGCGAUUGUGCUUGGAAAAAUUCAACAAAUUCUUUUACAUUUUAGAACUCAUAUCCGGUAGAAAAAUGUUGUGUUAGAACAUAAGUUUGCAAGCUACACCAAUGGUUAGCAAGUUCAGAUGAAGCCCAAGAGCGAAUCUUUUGCUUUAUCCAACUUAUCGAGAAUAGUAGAACUGGUUCUGGCACAACGAAGUCCGUCGCAGCGUCCGCUCUAGCCAAUUCGUCCGCCCAUUAAUUUCCAGUAAUACCGGAAUGACUCAUAAAAGGUAGAGAGCAUUUGAAAUGCUAAGAUCUUCGAUUUGAGUUCGACGUGCGAUUACUAAUUUCUAGAGAUGGGCAAAACAGUUCACUUCGAAGAACGAUUUCCGACUGAACAGUUCUGUAAAAGGAACGAGUUCACAUGAACCGUUCUUCCGUUCAGCUGAUGUUUUGCUUGUAUC